AUGGAUGGUAAUAAGAUAGUAAAUUCAUUGGGUAAAAAUAUUUAUGUAAAGCUUCUUGGAUAUUACUUUUCAAAAAUACAAAUGAAAUUGUAAAACUUGCAAAUCUGGUCUUUUCAGUACUUUUUUUUGGGUUGAAUCAACGUCUUCCUUCCGAUCAGGGAGGGUGCUUUGGCUUGAUGAGAAUGCUAAAUCCUUUCCAUGAUAAGAAAAAAAAUGUUGAUUUGAUCAUCCCCAGCUUUAUUCUCAAUCACACUUCUCGGCUUGGUACUACAAUGGCUGAAGAAUAAUAUAGCGAAAAACUUUGGCAUCUUAUUUAAAACCUUGGGGGAUCGAUCAGAUAUGCUCCUUUCUUGUCAAACUGACAGUCCUCCCCCUCUCCUUCGGUUUUCCUCAACCCUUCUUCAUUCCUUGUACCCUUUAUUAUUCCAUCGAUGGAAUGUUCUGACUUGUGAUUUUCGACAUGGGUUUAUGCAUGUUUUUAUUAUAAUACAUUAAUUGGAAAAUUAACGGCAAAUUAAAUUGCGAAAAAUAUACGGUCUUUGAUCCCUCCGUAGCAUGAGAUCGCAAGUUCAGUGGGGUGGUGGUCCUCCUAACGGUGGCGUACCUACACAUGCUCGGCGUCGUCUACAGAGACCACAGCCAGAGGACGUCCUGCUGAAGGAAGAAGGACACGUCAUGCUCUCGGACUUCGUCCUCUCCCUGCGGUGUGCCGCCGUCAACCUUUCUAUCGCCUCCUAUAAGGGACAUCGCCGCCGCCGCCAGCCUCUUCCUCUUCCUCUUCCUCCUCCUCCUCCGGCGAAGCUCUCCGGCGUGCCUCUGGCUUUCGUCGGCCCUAAGAAACUGCAGAAGCUCGGAAGGAGCGGCGUGGAAAAACAGAGCGACGUAGUUCCCCGGAACCCGGUCGUAUCUAUCGCCAAUCAGGGAGGAUGGCCGAGGCGGCGAGAUGGACUGGUGGUUUCUUCUGGACGGGAUCUUCCUCUACGGGUUUCUUCUGCAUGGGAGGACCUCAUUCAAGGGCCCGGAGAGCCGUGCCAAUCCUGCUCAUCGUGA